AUGUAUGCAAAGCGUGGAAGCAUUGAAGAGUCACAGAACAUAUUUAGUGAAUCACCUCAAACAAGCCAAGUUUCUUGGGCUGCAAUUCUCUCUUUUUAUGCAAGGCAUGGAGACUUUGAACCAGUGAUGGGACUGUUUGAAGAAAUGCAAAGAAAAGCAGUCCCACUAGAUUCAAUCACCUUUCUAUCUGUUCUAAUUUCCUGUGGCCGACGUGGGAUGGUAGAUAUGGGUUGUCGAGUAUUUGAUUCAAUGAUCAAAGAUCAUCACAUUGAACCAUCCCUUGAACAUUAUUCAUGUGUUUUGGAUAUGUUGGGCAGGGCAUGGCAGCUCGAUGAGGCAGGGGAGUUUGUGCGUCAGAUGUCAACAAAGCCAGGCUUAUCUGCAUUGCAGAACUUACUUGGGGUUUGUAGGAUUUAUGGAAAUGCCGAAAUGGGUAAAAGGGCUACUGAGGCUUUAAUGCAGACAGAACCCACGUUGUCAAGUUCUUAUGUGAUGAUAUCUAAUAUAUAUGCUGAGAAGGGAGAUGAUUUCUUCUCAGGUGGCGGCAAUGGUUUUUGGAUCCCACGGCGACAAUGGCUUCUUCUCCCCACGACAACAAUGAUUUCUUCUCAAGCAGCGACAAUGGUUUUUUCUCAGGUGGCAGCAAUGGUUUCUUCUCCCCACGGAAGUAACGGUUUCUUCUCAAGCGGUGGCAAUGGUUUUUUCUUAGGUGGCGGCAAUGGUUUCUUCUACUCAUGA